AUGAACCUGGACUCGGACGACGACCACCAACAGCAACAGCAGCAGCAGCACACACAGCCCCUCGAGACCUCGUUUGUCAAACGCUCCCGUCCGCGCGGCGCUGGCUUGCGCACAAAGAGCAGCGCAUUCAGCGGCGACCCUUCCUCGACCGCAGCCACAGCGGCAGAUAAAUCCGCAGAGGCAAGCACCAGCAGCGUUCCGGCAUCGACAUCCGGCAAUGCCGCGGCAACCAGCAUCCCUCCGGCGCGCCGCCGCGUAGGCGCCAUCUCGCUAGACUUGGACAACGACGACGACACCGCUUCCCGCCCUCAGCCGGGCACGUCGACGCCCGCAGCUCGGCGCGAUGCACCAGCGGCAGACGAUGAGGAUCUCGCCUCCUCCUCGGUCGUGUUUCGCUCCCGCAAUCGCGCUGCCAAUCGGAUAGGCGGCGGCAGCACCACGGCAUCCACCUCGUCCUCCUCGUCCUUGUCAAGAACGGCUGCUGCGGCGGCGGUGGCGACGACUUCGGGUCGCAAGAAGAUCAGCUUCGCUGCGCUGGAUGGCGAAGAGCAAGCAGAGGACCAACAAGGAUCGGAGCCCGGCUUCGAGAUCCGACGCUCCCAGCUGGCCUCUAGGGGCAAAGAGGCGAGAAAGAAGGAGCGGGAAGGGGUCAAGCAGCGCCUCGUCGCACCCAACACGCUCUCGCUCGACCAAGCUUCGAUUACCGCCGAGCCUCCAGACGCCAAUGGCGCGACACCGACUUCGCAGGCAUCCUACUCCUCAUCCUACCUCGCAGAGCUCAAGGCCUCUACCCCUUCACUGUCCUCCAGACCUGGCGGAUCGGCCGCCUUUACCAAUUUCGAGGUGCGAGAUCCCAUGGCCAUGCAGAUAGACGACGACGGAGCCGAUGCCGCACCACGCGACUACGAUGACGCCGACGACGACCAAUCGCUUGCCAGGACCAAGUUCAGCGCCGACUUUGCACACGAUGGCAUCCCGAGCGAGAGCGUCAUCCGUGCCGCCAAGGAGAAGCGUGCCAGGAUGCGCAAGGAGCUCCUCGAGAGGAAUGGAGGCGGCUUCGGCGCGGGCGACGACUUCAUCUCGCUCGGUGGCGGGGGCAAGGCCUCGUCGUCACGGGCCAUGAGGCUGUUUGGCGAGGCUUCAUCGAAGGCCUCAGGCGACGACUACCAGGGACCCCACCCAGAGUCGCGGCUGCAGCGCGAGGAGGACGAGUACGGCGAUGGCGAGGAAGAGUACGCCGAGUACACGGGCGCCACCGAGAGGAUCCCGAUUGGCAAGAAGGCCGAGCAAGAGUACAAGCUGCAGCAGAGGCGCGAGAUGCAGGAGGCGCUCACCGACGGCCGGAGCGACUAUGCCGGCCUCGCCGACGACCACGAGGUUGACGAGGACGAGGAGGAGUGGGAGCGUGCUCAGCUGCGCCGGACCGAGAUGCCCGGCAUCAAGCAAAAGCAGCAAGAACACCGGGAAAAGUCGCCCUACCGCCCGGCCGAGAUCCCGCUGACGGCGCCGCUGCCAACCAUGACGUCGGCGUCUGCGCGGCUGGCGAGGAAGAUGAGGGAGCUCGAGGAAAGCGCCGAGGCGCACGCCACCGUCGUCGAGGAUGCCGACAAAGGGCUCGAGGCGCUCCUCCAGGGCGAGAAGGAGAACAAGGAAGAAGUCGUCGAGGCCGAGGAAAAGGAGAGCUGGUUCCGCGAGCUGGAGCAGUUCGUCACGAGCCUCGCCGGGUUCAUGGAGGCCAAGGCGCCGCGGAUCGACGACGUGGAGCGAGACUAUGUCGACAUGCUCGUCGAGCGGACGAGACUGGUGCAGAGGGCGAGAGCCAAGAGGAUGGAGGACGAGCUGGCCCUCUUCUGGGGCGUGCCCUCCUCGUCGGUCCUACCCCCACUGCCCAAGACGGGCGAACCAGACGACCAGCAGCGACAGCAGCAGCAGCAGACCGAGCAGCAGCAAACCGACGAUCUGCAGUUGGAGCCAUCGCCGAUGGAAGACGGCGACUUUAACUCGGCCGUGCGGUUGCAACGACAGAGCGAUGCGGCGCUGAUGGCCCAGGUCGACGCCGACGAGCUUUCGGCCUCGGAUGCGGCCGCAUUCGAGGUGGCAUGGCGCGCCCUCUCGGACCGCCUCUCUUCGGCGCUCUCGGACGUCAAGGCGCCGGAGUAUCUCGACGUCGCCGCUCGGCUGCCCGCGUCGUCGCCGUCGUCGGAGCCAAGUCUGCAUCCGCGCAGCGUCGUAUCGCGCUUUUCCGAGUGGCGACGCCGGUAUCCGCUCGAGUACGCUCAGGCCUGGGGCGGCCUGGCCAUCGCGUCGAUCUGGGAGUUCUACGCGCGUCUCGAAAUGGCGCUCUCCGAUCCUCUGCUGCCCUCGUCGUCGUCUUCAUCUUCAAAGGGCGGGGCGGGGCUCGAGCACUAUCGAUGGCACCGGGAAGCCAUCGUCUACGCCGAGCCGUCGCACCACGACGACGACGACGUCGCGGCGCCCGAAGGCGAAGCGGCGGGAGGCGACGAUGAGAUCCUCUUGACGAUCGUGCAGAACGUGGUGCUGCCGCGCCUCACGACGCUGGCGGAGCGGGCGGCGUACGAUCCCUGGGAUAAAAAGCAGACGCAGGCGGUGCUGAGGGGUGUGCAGGAGGCGUCAUACGUGGUCGACAAGGCGGGCGUCCGUUUCCAGACGCUCAUUACGAGCUACCUCGGUCUGUUCCGCCAACACACGACCGCCCUCGUGGAGAGCAUGGCCGGUCCACCGGGCCUAGCGGCGCCCUCGAUCCACCCCUCGACGCCGGCGGCGCUGACGGGUUUCGUACGCCGCCUCAUUACGACGCUGCUCACCAACCUCGUCUCCUGGUCGCGCCACGUCUCUCCCGGCUGGCACGGCGCGAGGACAGAGCUGCUGGGCCUCAUCGACGACCUGCUCGGUCGCGUCCUCUGGCCCCUCGUCGUCCGCGCCAAAGGCUUUGGCGUAGGCGGAGCAGAAGCGGCGCAGAGGGUCCUCGAACUCGUACCGCACCACCUCGUCAGUCCUGACGUGUGGGCGCGCUGGAAGGCCCUCGUCGAUAACGCACCGCUGUAG